AUGAUUUGUGGCUCUGUGAUAAGAACUAACAACUCUUUGAACAAUUUUAGAAGAACGUCCAUGGCGCUCACAGAGAAGACGCCUGCGAGGUUGUCCGGGCGGGAGCCUGUGGUAUACGAUGACAACCUCGGAUGCUAUGCGCAACUGUAUGAGCGCCUCGAGAAUUCUAUCAAGGCUCUGAGUGAAGCCGAUAAGGAUAUUGUCAACCAACGUGGCGAAGAGGUGGAAGCCUCUAUAUUAGGCCCGGACAGGAUCUUGCCGAUGAGUGGAGCUGCAUUCGUUAAUGGCACGGCAAUCCCAUCAUCAUCCCCAACAUUCCCUUGGAUAGAGCUCAGUCACGAGUGGACUGCACGGAGCUCAAGGAUGACAUCGAAAAAGCGUGUAGUCCCGCGGUGGCUGGACUAUCCAUGCCCCCAACGCCGUUAUCCCCGUUCCCCAGGUUUGAGAAGAACGUUCUGCGUAGAUAUCAAGCGAGACAAUGGCAUGCGGAGUAAACAAAUCAUGCGUGAUAUGUUCGGUAACUUGCCAUACCUCCGCGCCUCGUAUCAACACCUCCGACGUAGGUAG